AAUUUCGGCCUGGAGAAGAAAUCGUAGAAAAUUUAAACUCCAGUGUCAGCCUUACCUCCGAAAUCUCGCCCCUAAAGCCACCGAGCGCUCUAAAAAAACGCCUCAGACUUUCCUAUGCAAAGCGAAAGCAGGAAGAGGUGGCAAGAGCUAUGGUGACGAAAAUACGAUCAGGGAUACAGGCAGCAUAUAAUAUCCCAGAGACUUCGCGUGCGUCACAAGAAAAGUGUGCGCAAUGCAGCAGCUGGGAAGACAACCUACAUGCUGCCUACAAUAGGUGUACGUCCUUUCAAGAGCGUUGCCAGCUGCUGACACUGCUACCACGCAACCUAACCGUGAAAUAUGUGCAGGAAGUUAUUCCAGAGGCAACGAGGUACGUUAUUCAAAAAUCGAAGAAGAUGGUGGAUGAAGAAGGCGUAUGGUCAACACAGGAGCGAUAUACAAGAUGUAAGCUACAACACGAAGACAUUACCACCAUUUUAGAAUAUUACACCAUGGAUGAACUCGAUUGCUCUAGACAGACACCGAACAAAAAGGAUGUUGUGAGAAUCGAAAAGGAGGGAGAGAAGGAAUGGGUACCUAAACGGUUCAUGACGCGGUCCUUGCGAGAAGCAUUCCGCCUCUACAAGCAAGCUCACCCUGCCUCCCAGGUUGGCCUCACGAAAUUCAUAUCCUUGCGUCCUAAGUGGGUGAAAUGCUCGCCACAGUGGCAAGUGUGUGUUUGCGUGUGCUGUGCAAACUUUCAGUUGUGCCUCGUGGGACUGCAGAACGCCUCCGGAAGGUCGCUUUCUCCCGAUGAUAUGCAGAGUAUCUGCGUAUGCCAGGAACCUACUGCGUCAUGUUUCCUCAGCAAUUGUGAGCACUGUCCGCAAGAUGACAUUUUCACUUUGGAAAAUUUUGAUAUGAGCAGCGAGGACGAGGUGUUGAUUGCUUCAUGGGAAUACGGUGAGCUAGUUAAAAAAACUCUGACCGCUUUAUCAUUUAUGAGAGAAUUUCUAAGAAUGACCAUGAAAUGGAUUCCCCACAACUAUAUCAGAUCUGUGCAAGCAAAAGCAAUACAUGAAGAAAAACAGAGCUGCGAGAGAGGUGCAAUUGUUUUGCAUUUUGAUUUCGCCGAAAACUGGACAGUUGUGCUUCCAGACGCAGUACAAGCGUACCAUUGGCAGAAGAAGCAGGUCACUGUGUUUACCUGCGUUGUCACGUCAAGAAAAUCGACUCGGAACUACGCCGUUAUUUCCGACGAUAUGUCUCAUGAUUCAGCUCAUGCAUGUUUGGCUCUGUCGAAAAUCAAAGCACACCUGGAAGACAACGCGCCAAUCUACACUAAGGUAACACAUGUGAGCGACGGGGCUCCCGCUCACUUCAAGAAUAAAUAUCAGUUUCAUGAGCUACAACGCAGUGAAUGUCAAGAGACGAAAUGGAUGUUUUCGGCCACUGGACAUGGCAAAAAUGCUUGCGACGGCGUUGGUGGGCUUGUGAAACAUCGAGCAUCACACCACAACUUGCGGAAGCCUACAAGUGAGGCCAUACAAACAGCCAGCGGCUUCGUGGACGCAAUUCAAGGAACGCUAAAGAACAUCACCAUUCUGGAGCUCCCACAAAGGGAGCUUGCAGACUUUCGCGAAAUGAAGAAGGAAGAAUGGAAAACGGCAAAGAAAGUGCCUGGAGUUCAGACGCUCCACAUGUGGAAGUACGUUCAAUCAAAUAAAGGCAGUGCAUCCUACGUGGCCUCCACCGCUGCUGCGCAAUGGAAGAGACUGUGAUCUGGUUUGUGCUUCGGGCUGGACAAUAUACUGUGCGCAUACCGAAGUCAACUGCUGCCGUUUAUUUCUUGUUACGAUUUUCUGAAUUGAAAUCUGCAGAUAAAGCGGCAUACCAUUUGUAAAAUGUGUCCCGAUUAAACUCCUGCUGAUUAAAAAGCUUGCAGAUAAAUUGUCCUCCUCAGAAGACGACGUUUUGUCUCCUGACAGUGCCCUGUAGAACCAUUGAACACAGAGGUAAACAGAUGCAGGUGCGGACACGCCGGCUUAAGAAAAACAUUAAUAUUCAUUUUUAUAUAUAAAAACUUUUCUAAGCACCGAUAAAUGAUCUAAUAUUUUUAAAGAAUCGAUUACAUACCAAUGUAACUUAGGAUGAUAAAUUAGGCAAUACAAAAAACGUUUGACCGCCACCAACAAGUUCUUGAGACAUCAGGUGAAAUCGCGAAUCUAUUCCCAUUUUGACGCAUCAAGAACGCCGCUAACAAGCCAGUAGAAGCUCUAGAAACAUUGAGGAUCGUUCGGAUAUUGUGGUAAAUCAAAUGUAACCAAGUUCAGUGAGUGCUAAAACAAAUUUCUGAGAGUUACUAUUUCUAAGAGUCAGUAAAAAGCAAUUCUAGAUAACAAAAACAUGAACUCAGUUUUGUAUUCAUUUUUAUACUUUAAAACAAUACAAUGCAACACCUUUUUGGUACCUUAGAAUAAACGAUUAUUGAGGAUUAUUCAGGCAACUUUUAAUGAAAUUCGACGAUGAUGUUUUUUUUUUUUAAUCGAAGUCAAAGUUGUCACUUUUUUGACGUUUUUGAUCUUCGGCCAAAUUUGAGGCCAUAUUUAAAAAUAUC